ACACGCGACGCUUGCGCGGCUCGCGUAUGGCUCGGUGGCAUCACUGAGUGCGGCUAAGAAACAGACCAUACCGGACUCUACCGGAGACCUGUUCAAGUCGGAUCGAGUCAACAACAUCGAAAACGCCAUAAACUGCAGCCAGUUCGGCUAUAAAGAACGGAUCAAUUGAUGAGGUUGAAUUUUAUAUACGUAAUACGGCAUUAUUUUCCCAGACAUAUGCCUUAUUAUGCAGUUGCCAAGGGUCGCAAACCGGGUAUUUAUACCAGCUGGAAUGAGUGUAGCGCCCAAGUUAACAAGUUUCCCGGACCGAUAUAUAAAAAGUUUGCCACCGAGAGUGCAGCGCAUAAUUUUAUAAAGGAACAUUCCUCUUUAGCUACACGAAUCAAUUCUACUGAAACAACAAUUGCAAAGUCCACCGAGUCACAAAUGUUACCGAAACAACUGUUCCUACUUGGAAGGAAACAAACAACGUUGAAGACAAACGUACUAUUGCCAUUAUCAUCUUCGAAAAAAACUUUAUCAACAAAUGAUGAUACUAAUGAUGAAUUUACUGUAUAUCUGAGUAAAAGAAGGAAAAUCACAGACUCAUCAGUAUCCAAUCAAUCUACUGAGCAGGAUGACGCCAACAAAGUUGACUUUAUCACGGAUGAGGAUGGUUACGUGAAUGUUUUCACCGAUGGCGCAUGCAGCUCUAACGGCCAGAAAAACGCGCGGGCUGGUAUCGGUGUUUGGUUCCAAGAUCAUCAUCCUUUGAAUGUAUCUCGACCAGUGGAAGGACGACCCACUAACAAUAUGGCAGAGAUCCAGGCAGUUACGGUGGCUGCUAAACAAGCAAAGAAAGCUGGGGUGAAAAAGUUGAGAAUUAACACGGACUCCAAAUUCCUCAUUUCGUGCAUUACAGAGUGGAUGCCGAAAUGGAAGCAGAGAGGAUGGACAACAGUCGGCAAUAAGCCGGUUAUAAACAAAACUGAGCUGUUGGAAAUGGAAAAGGAAUUGGAAUCAUUAAUUAUCGCUUGGAAUCAUGUAAAUGGACAUGUGGGAAUUCACGGCAAUGAAAUGGCAGAUAAAUUAGCGAGAGAUGGCUGCUUACAGUAUAAAAGUCUGGACGGAUAACAAAGAUAAAUAUUUGAUUGGAAAUACAAAUUAAUAGAAUUAGAAUUAGAAAUUAUUUGUACCAUUUUAUGUAUA